UUGAAUUUUAGUUUACUGAGGUGAUGUUUGUUGACGAAAAAUCCAAAGAAAAAGCGGCUUUUACCAAGACUGGGUCAGCAGUCAAAUUCGCUGACAACUAUGAUAAAAAGGCAGACGCAUACGGCUUGUGGACAGCUCGGGGUGUUCCUUCAACAAAAUACAAAUAUCAAAUGUUGAUAUGCGACACGUCGUUUUAUAAAGGCCUCCAUUUCUCUGGUUAUACUGGCAGUUGCUACAAGCGGUGUAAUAACUGGUGUAGUGACUCAUCGUCUCCAUACUUUCGUACAGCUGCUGUAACAAGAAAUCCUAUAAUGGUGUUGCUUUUAAUGAGAAUGGUCAUAGACCAAAGCCUAAUCGCCUCAUCAGCGCCGGAAUUCGUUAAGAAGCAUAUUCUCAGUUGCAUAUGCAUAUCAACUGCAUGGACUGGACUUGUCGAUAAAGGACCGUAUUUAGGACUAUUGAGAUUUGAAACUUUGUUAUAGUUUUAUAGAUUUCGUGACUUUAACAUUUGUAGCUUACUUUUUGUUACUACCUUUGCAAGAUGUUGUUUUAUACUUUUGUUUUAACUUUUGCAUAUUGCAAUUGUCUGCAGGAGUGUAGAUAUAUUCAAUAAAUGUUUGUGCA